CUGUGUGGAUUAACGGGUGGUUUCCAAACUGGUCGCAGGAAUUAGGCGUUUGUCGGUGUCUGGCAAGUGGCGUGGGCUGGCUGAAGCCGGUAGUUGAGUUGCUGAGGGCGGCUGUAGUGGGAGUGUUCGAGCAUCCGCGUGGCUGAAGUUCGCUGCUGAAGAUGGCUGACCCCGAUGUCCUGACUGAGGUCCCAGCAGCACUGAAGCGGUUAGCCAAGUAUGUCAUCCGGGGCUUUUAUGGCAUUGAGCACGUGUUGGCCUUGGACAUCUUGAUCCGGAACCCCUGUGUGAAAGAGGAGGACAUGCUGGAGCUGCUUAAGUUUGACCGGAAGCAACUUCGGUCCGUUUUGAAUAAUUUAAAGGGAGACAAGUUCAUCAAAUGCAGAAUGAGGGUAGAGACUGCGGCCGACGGGAAGACCACACGCCACAACUACUACUUCAUCAACUACCGCACUCUUGUUAACGUCGUAAAAUACAAGCUGGACCACAUGAGGAGGAGGAUUGAAACCGAUGAGAGAAAUUCCACCAACCGGGCCUCCUUCAAAUGUCCCGUCUGUUGCAGUACUUUCACUGACCUGGAAGCUAAUCAGCUGUUUGACCCCAUGACAGGAACUUUCCGCUGCACCUUUUGCCAUACAGAGGUAGAAGAAGAUGAAUCAGCAAUGCCCAAAAAAGAUGCUCGCACACUUCUGGCAAGAUUCAAUGAACAAAUUGAGCCCAUUUAUGCAUUGCUCCGGGAGACAGAGGAUGUAAACUUGGCCUAUGAAAUACUUGAGCCCGAACCCACAGAAAUCCCAGCCCUGAAACAGAGCAAGGACCGAGCAGCAGCCACUCCUGGAGCUGCUGGCCUGGCAGGUGGGCACCACCGGGAAGCAUGGACCAGCAAAGGCCCCUCGUAUGAGGACUUAUACACUCAGAAUGUUGUCAUUAGCAUGGAUGACCAGGAUGAUGGUCAUCGCACCUCGCUGGAAGGGAAAUCUGCCAAAGAGAGGCCCAUUUGGUUGAGAGAGAGCACGGUCCAAGGAGCAUAUAGUUCUGAAGAGAUGAAGGAAGGUGGCAUCGAUAUGGACGCAUUUCAGGAGCGUGCGGAAGCCCGUGCGGGGCCUGAUGACAAUGAGGAGGUCAUGCGAGCUCUACUCAUUCAUGAGAAAAAGACUUCUUCCGCGACAGCUGGCUCGGUGGGAGCAGCCGCUCCAGCCACGGCUGCCAAUGGCAGUGACUCGGAGAGUGAGACUAGUGAGUCAGACGAUGACUCUCCACCCCGGCCAGCAGCCAUGGCUACUCAUCAUCGGGAUGAAGAGGAGGAAGAUGAUGAGUUUGAGGAAGUGGCGGAUGACCCCAUUGUUAUGGUGGCUGGCUGCCCGUUCUCCUACAGUGAAGUUAACCAGCGGCCAGAGCUGGUAGCCCAGAUGACGCCAGAAGAGAAGGAAGCAUACAUAGCCAUGGGGCAGCGCAUGUUUGAGGAUCUCUUUGAGUGAGCUUUCCCCGUUUCAGAGGGAAACUGCCCACCACCUGCCUCUUUAUGCAGAGAACCUGUUAAUCUAGUACUGAAACAUAAUAGGAGAGGAAAUUUUUUUUUUACGUCAGAAACUUCCCAGAAAGGUAGGCAGGUUAUAAGGUAGGCUACCCUCUUAUUACUAAAGUAUUAACAUUUUUCUGUAAUUCCAUGUCUAAUUUUUUCCUUUCCUUAUUAAGACAUAUUUUCCUCACUCUGACUAAAAUGUUCCUGUCUACUACAGAACCCUACUAGGAAAAACUUUUCCUAGUAUUAUAACUCUAUCCUGGUCAAACAUUUGAGAUAAUUCCUUAUAUUCCUCUCAACAAAAACAGCUUGCCAAGAAACAGAUCGCUGAUGAGGGGAAUGCCCAGAUACCUCAUAUUUUCUCAAAAUGGAGUUUGGGGUCAACCUGUAAAAGGAGUGAGAGAGUACGGGGCGGGGU